AUGGCGGCCGACGACGAUGAAGAUGACUACCUCAAUAUGACCUUUGAUGCGGCGCCUACCGCCAAAGAAACUUCUCUGCAGCGUACAGCACGUCUCAAGCGUGAAGCCGCCGAGCGAGGUAAGACCAAGUCCAAAGCAGAGCGUGAAGAGGAAGCGCGUGAAAAACGCGAGCAAGCACUUGCCACCGAGCUCGAUACAUCGAACAAGGGUGCGAAAAUGAUGGCGAAAAUGGGCUUCAAAGGCGGUGCCUUGGGCAAAACGGAGGGGGCUAGGACGAGACCAAUCGAGAUCAACAUGAAGGAUGAUCGAGGUGGUAUCGGAAUGGAAAGCGAGAAGAAGCGCAAAGUCCGCGAAGCAGCUGAAGCCGUGCAGGAUCAGGUCAAGCGAACCAAGUUGACUGAAUCCGAGUAUCGGGAGCGAAGCCGCACAGAGAGGGAGGAGAGGCGGCAGGAAGGUCAAUGGUGGUCUGCUAUGCGACUCUUGGAAGGCUUCGAGGAAGACGGCGUACCCAGGUCAGCAUCUGACGCCACUACCAACAACCCCAGCACCGCCACUGCAGACUCAACACCACCCGGAAGGAAGAACCCACCCUUACGAUCCAUCAACAUUCUCUGGCGCCCACUUGCAAAGUCACGACUCGAGAAGGAACGUGAAAGACGCAUGCGUUUCGACUUGGCACAGAGUCUUUCCAAACGUGCGGACUACGAUGAUCCCGAUGCUGAUAAGGACGAUAAGCUAGCUUUUGGCACUGAAGUCGAGGAGGAUCUUGAUGAAGAAGAUCCCGAGCUGGAAGAGGUCGAAGCACUUCUGGUUGGUGAGCGGCUUGAGAGGAUUCUUGCACAUCUGAGAGAGAAGUAUCAUUACUGCUUCUGGUGCAAGUAUCGCUAUCCAGAUGCUGGGAUGGAGGAUUGUCCUGGCUUGACGGAGGAUGAGCAUGGUUGA